ACACCAUUAAAGAAAACCAAGGCUCUUAUUGGCGAGAUGGGGAUGACUUUCUCCAGUGCAUAUGUGCCCAGCGCGCUGUGCUGCCCCAGCAGAGCCAGUGUCCUGACGGGGAAGUACCCGCACAACCACCGCGUCGUCAACAACACUCUGGAGGGGAACUGCAGCAGCACGUCUUGGCAGAAGACCCAGGAGCCAAGUACUUUCCCGGCAAUACUGAGGUCCAUGUGCGGUUACCAAACCUUUUUUGCAGGAAAAUAUUUAAAUGAGUAUGGAGCCCUGGAUGCAGGUGGCCUAGAACAUGUUCCUCUGGGCUGGAGUUACUGGUAUGCAUUGGAAAAGAAUUCUAAAUACUAUAAUUACACCCUCUCCAUCAAUGGGAAGGCGCGCAAGCAUGGUGAAAACUAUAGUGUGGACUACCUGACAGAUGUCCUGGCUAAUGUCUCCUUGGACUUCCUGGACUACAAGUCUAACUUCGAGCCGUUCUUCAUGAUGAUCUCUACGCCAGCCCCUCAUUCGCCUUGGACAGCUGCACCUCAGUACCAGAAGACUUUCCAGAAUGUCUUCGCGCCCAGGAGCAAAAAUUUCAACAUCCACGGAACGAACAAGCACUGGUUAAUUAGGCAAGCCAAGACACCUAUGACUAAUUCCUCAAUACAGUAUUUAGAUAAUGCAUUUAGGAAAAGGUGGCAGACUCUGCUCUCCGUGGAUGACCUUGUGGAGAAGCUGAUCAAGAGACUGGAAUUCACCGGGGAGCUCAACAACACCUACCUCUUCUUUACCUCAGACAACGGCUACCACACAGGACAGUUCUCUUUGCCAAUAGACAAAAGACAGCUGUAUGAGUUUGAUAUCAAAGUUCCACUGCUGGUCCGAGGACCCGGGAUUAAACCAAAUCAGACAAGCAAGGUGCUGGUCGCCAACAUUGACUUGGGUCCCACUAUUUUGGACAUCGCUGGCUAUAACGUGAACAAGACCCAGAUGGACGGGAUGUCCUUACUGCCUAUACUGAGAGGGGGCAGUAACUUGACGUGGCGAUCGGAUAUCCUGGUGGAGUAUCAAGGAGAAGGCCGCACCGUCCCGGACCCCACCUGUCCAUCUCUGAGUCCCGGAGUGUCUCAAUGUUUCCCAGACUGCAUUUGUGAAGAUGCUUAUAACAACACCUACGCCUGUGUGAGGACAGUGUCAGCACUGUGGAAUUUACAGUACUGCGAGUUCGAUGACCAGGAGGUGUUUGUAGAAGUCUACAAUCUGACCGCAGACCCAGACCAAAUCACUAACAUAGCUAAAAGCAUAGACCCAGAGCUUCUGGGGAAGAUGAACUAUCGCCUCAUGAUGUUACAGUCCUGCUCGGGACCCACCUGUCGCACUCCAGGGGUUUUUGACCCCUGGUACAGGUCUGACCCUCGUCUUAUGUUCAGCAGUCACGGCAGCAUCAGGACACGCAGGUUCUCGAAACACCCUCUGUAGUGACGGCGUGCAGCCCCGCACUGGAUCCCUGCACCCCUUUCUGGCGAAGCGAGCCCAGCAGGUGUCUGUGGGUCAUCUCUGAGAACACACCUGGAAGAGCUUUGGACUGGCUGUUCUAAGCCUGUUUAAAAAGCAACCCCAUCAGCUGACUUCCUUGUGCAACUUGUCAAACUGUGAACUCUGCCCCGAGUCAGGAGUGACUUCCCGAGGCCUUCCCUCAGGUGGUACUGAGCUCUCGGAGGCCGUUGUUCCCGCCACACGCUUUCUGUUCCAGGGCCACAACUCGAUUGUUCCGUGUGUGGUCAGAGUCCGAGUUUGUAAAUCCAUUCAGGUCAAUGGCAGUACUUUAGGACGAAAAAGGAGGAGACUUGUUAUAUAGCGACCUAAAAGCAGAGGACCUACGUAACAUUUCAGAUGCACUCACUGUCAGAAGUGCUAGCAUCACAGGGCUUGAAGAAUCCCCUUCAGAGCCGAGUCAUCUGAUUAAGAACAAGUUCUGUUGUUUUUCUGUAAGUAGAGGUACACUGUUCAUAGAAUCUCACCACAUGAUAAAUGAAGGUGGCAAAUUCAAAGCUGUCAGCCAAGCUCUGUUCAUUUCCGUGGGAUUCUGGGCUGGUGCUGCAGUGCGAGAGCAGCGAGCUCUGGCGGAGGCCACUCCAGGCCGCUCCUGCAGGGGACGGGCGUCCGCUUUGCCGCGCCUGCUGACCCCACGGAGGGCCCGUCAGCACCAGCAGCGUUAAGGAGACAUCUCUUGCCUUGAGACGUGCUCCUCGAAACAGGCCGAGGGUACAGUAGUGGGGGAAAGGACGGCCAGGGCUGGGCCCCUGUGUCUGCUGGGAGCCUAGGUAGGGCUCCGGGGUGGGCAGGUUACGGGCUGGACUUGUGCGGGUGCCCGUCCUGUGGUGUUGGUGCCGUGUGUGAGGUCGUCUUGACUCUGCAUUUUGCUGUCGUCCUCUUCAGCUAGGAGGCACAGAUUGUAGUUGGUGCGAGGUAUCAGCUGCUGCACCCACCUCUCCCUCCUCAGACGGGCUCUUCCUGAGUUGGCGGGUCUUACACUGUAUAACCAGGGCUCCACCUGGUAGUCCCGCGUCAGUCAGGUCUGCUCGGCCUUUCUGUUUAGCAUGCACCUACAUUUUUGUUUCUUGGCUUGAAGACUAAUUUCAUUUCCAACAUUUUCUUCACAAGAAUUCCAAUUGGUGGUGCAGACAGCAAGGGAGAGAGCUGUGGUUGUUAUAACCUGUUCAACUCAGGCAGUAAGUGAUGUUAGCUUUACUCAAGGCCUUCUGUCGAGCUUUAAGCACUUUGUAAGACAUGGCCACAAGUAUCUUUUCUGUCAGAACUGAAGACAGCCAUGUUGGUUUAAUAGCCCUUGGGUUUAUUCCUUUACCUCAUGUCCCCCAGCACCUGUGGUGAUCGUCUGGCGCUGAAAAGGCAAGUGAAAUGAACGCCUCCGCUGUGAGUAUUUGAGAAGCCCCUCCAGUGUAACCAAAAGCAAACUACAGUGUUGGAUAUGGGUACUGGCUUUAUUCUCCGCUCAGCCUUCUUGGUCAGCUUCUACGUUCAUGACAGCUGGCCACGGUUCCUCCCAGAUAAAAAGCAGCCGCCUCCUACCAGCUCUUGGGCUGUGCUGUCACGUUCUUGUUUCACGGUGCUGGCGCUGGAAAGCAGGCGGAGUCGCGCUCCCGGGUUGGGUGGUGACGCUCUCGGAACCUCUUAGUUCCGGUGCCGGUCUCACCUAGUCUUUGAGCGAAGAGACGUCAGCUUAUAGCUCAACAGACUGCAAAAUGCACUGAUGUUUUCACAAUGUUUAUGUAUGAGGGACACUUCUAGGGGAUUCCCUCUGUUCUUAAUUCUGCUGAUUUGGAUUUUGAUUAUUUUCCCUUUUGAGAAGGUCGGGUCCAUGUUGGUGUCCUUCGGCGAGGAGGACCACAAAUCAUUCAGAUGAAGAGAGGCCUUAGCGAUGGAGAGAUUCUGCCUUACAAGAUCUCCUGUUACAGAACUGUCCCUCGCAUACAAUUUCAGAGUAAGGAACACAUUUUAAGUAUCUUAAAGCUUGACCAACGGUGCUGUUGCAAACACCUUUUAAUUGACAUUAGGAUUUUUGUACAAAAUAAAUCAUAACCAUAAUAGUUACCUUAAUUUGGAAAAAAACCGUUCAUUUCUGAGUGUCUAAAUGAAGCAGUAAUGCUUUUUAAUGAAACGUAAGUUACCCUAGAAUCCUUCAGAGAAAGUAAGUUACUUCAGUUGCCCCACCAGUGGAGUCUGAUGGGCAUAUUGGCUUCUUCGGCUUGUCCACCACUUGGUCCCCACCGGACUGUGUGAAUUCCCGUGUUUGCGUCAUCUGUUAGAAGUUACUCCGCUCCGGCUCUGUCCUCACUCAUUUCACUUAGAAAGUGCCCUUCACAGGACCCUGUUCACUGCUGCACUUUUCGAUGAAUUAAAGUUUAUUUCUGUUCUAGUGA